CCAGUGUUAGGUAUCGCGUCUUUCAGUAACAUAACAGAAAUCUUAUCAGACCUGCCAAAGACAGAGGACCAGAUCUCAGCAAAAGGCUAAGUUGAGGGACGAUACCAAGACAUCUUCCCUUCAAGAUGGUGUACUGUCCUGUGGCCCAAAAACCAAAUUUGAGCUUUUAUUCCUCCACAAACCAAACAGGCAAGAUGACUUCCUUGAACGUGUUCACCAUUUCCCUCCAUGGCAUUUUCUCCUCCAUCGGCAUCAUCGAAAACCUCCUCAUACUCGGAGUAGUGGGCUUCCACGUUCGACGCUCUGUCAUCAGCAUCUGGAUCCUGAACCUCGCCGCCUCUGACCUGCUGGCGACUGCUUCCCUGCCUUUCUUCACCCUCUACAUGGCCCGCGGCAACACGUGGACCUUGGGUCCGACCUUCUGCCGCAUCCAUUCCUCUAUCUUCUUCCUCAACAUGUUCGUCAGUGCCUUCCUGUUGGCGGCCAUUUCUAUGGACCGCUGCUUGGUGGUGCUGAGACCUGUCUGGGCGCAAAACUACAGGAACAUCCGACUUGUAGGAAGGAUAUGUGGGCUGAUUUGGGCCUUGGCUGUGCUCUUUACUAUCCCCUUCUACGUAUUCCGUGACACCUUUACCCAACCAAACGGCAAGAUCCUGUGUUACUACAAUUAUGCCCGACUCCUCCCUGCUAAACCCUUCGACCUUGGAUCUUUGUGUAAGCAGCGCAAGGAGGCCUUGGCGUUCAUGAGGCUCUUCUUCGCCUUUCUGAUCCCUCUAAUUAUCAUCAUUGUCAGCUAUGCUGCCGUGAAUACCAGCCUGGCGCGCAGAGGCUGCAGGCGCCCUUUCCGUUUCGUUCGGCUCGUAGUGGCCGUGGUGGUGACCUUUGUUCUCUGCUGGGCUCCGUACCACCUCUUCAUAGUCAUGGAGGUGAUGGUCCCCAACGGACACCCUGCACAGAGUUUUGCAAGCAGCGCCCUCCCAACUGCAGCAACCAUCGGCUUCCUAAACAGUGUCCUCAACCCCAUUUUGUAUGUUUUCAGCUGUCCUGACCUGUGCAAGAAGAUCAGACACUCUCUGGGUGCGGUGAUGGAAAGUGUUCUGGCUGAGGAUCUGGCUGAGCUAUCCCGGCGCCGCAGCACCGCUCGCACCUCUCUCAGCAACACGACCGAAACUCUCUUAAAGCAGAAGACUUCUAUCACAGUUUAUACAAAAGCAGAGGUGCAAGAUCAUGAUGAAAAUCUUGAUUACCCUGCUAAGAUAUAAAUGUCAGCGUACCAUAAAUUUCUCAAAAGUCUUUUAUUUACUUUUUUGAAACGGGUCUAUAUAUGAGACAGGCCUUUUUUUGUUAUCAGCUCUAUAUAUAUAUGUAUUUUAGAGAGAUGCCAAUUUGUUUUUUGAUCUGCUCUAGCCUUAAUUUGCUGUUGAAGCACCGAGCUCUAAAUGCAAAUACAAAACUUAAUCCACGUUUAUCUGGCUGCUGUGGCCCAUGACGUACUGCGGGUCAUCCACUAAUCAUAAAAUCAAAGCUGCGAUCCACAACUCCCUGAGUUUGCAUUGUUGAAUUAUCCUUGGGCGAGAUACUGAACCCCAAAUUUCUCUGGAAGGCUGAUCCAUCGGUGUGUGAGUGCAUGUCAGUGUUCACUGAGUAGCAGCUGGCACCUUUUUCGGUAGCCUUGGCCACCAGUGUGUGAAUGUGUGUGCAUGUGUGUGAAUGUGUGUGAAUGUGUGUAGAAUGGAGGAAUAAGACAUGUAGUGUAAAAGCACCUUCUGUUUCAGAAGACUAAAACAGCGCCAUACAAGUGCAGGCCCAUUUAUCUGUCAUCUUUGUAAAUUAAAGAUACAUUUUAUUCCAAAGCAUUGCUCAGUGCAACAACAGUCUGGUAAGAAAUACAGUUUUAGUUCACCUUCUGUUUUUUUUUUUCAUUUUUUUUGUUUUUUUUAUAGUCAAUAUUGUGUGGUUAACAGCGGAACUCAGCACUUCCUGCAUAGAUGUUUCGAAUUAAAUCUUUUGUAAUAGCUGUGAAACUUUUCAGCACUUCUAUCCGCUGGGCAGUUCUGUUGAAUAGUGGUGAAAAGGCCACGGUCAGACAGAGGCAGAUUUCGGUUUGACUGAUUAUAGUGGCAUUUGUUCAUUCCAAUGGGCUGGAGAUAAACAGAAAAGGUUUGUGAAAAAUUAACUGAAUAACUGAAACAAAUGAUUAUAAUGAAUUUUUUGAAAGACUAAAGAAAUAAAUCACAUUCUUUGUUCUUAGAUCAUUUUUAUAUUUAAAGGAACAGUUCACUCCAUGUACAAAAACGUUCCAUCAUACCUGUCGUGCUAUUUUUCACUUUGAAAUGUUCUGGUGUGAGUUUCAGAGUGUUUGGGAUAUCAGCCAUAAUUCAAUGGGAAUAAUCCUCUCCAUUCUUGGUGGGUUUAUAAUUUGAAACAUGGGGAGGAAGUAUUACAUUGCUAAAGGCAGCACAGUAGAAUCCACUGGACUGUUGUUGUACUGAUGUUAUGAGUGGUGGGCAAAUGUAAAUUAUAAUAUAUCAAAGUCUCAAUAUUUUCCACUUUUUUCUAUUUUUUUUUUUUUUUUUGGCCACGCCUCCAGCUGUUUUAUUUGAAUAAUGUCUUUUAUUUUUAAAGACAUGGUACUCAAAAUGUCUUAAGCAUUCUUUAAUCUGUUUCAUUAUCUGACUGUAGUAUAAACUCUCAUAUUCCUAAGAGCACUCCAGGACCAAAUAAGCAUUACUUUUCAGUGUGUAACCCCAUAUUAAUGACAACUGCUGGAACAAACAGCAUUCUGCAUUAUUCUCAUUUUAUAAAGUGUGCUUGAUUGAUAUGUGUAUUCUGUUUAAUGACCCAUACAUUUCCUUUUUCUUCAUUUUUUGUGGUAGAAAGAGCUUGUGCCAAGAGUCACAGAUACACGAGGUGUCUCUCACUCGAUUUUAUCAGUUGCUGCAAAUGCUGACACAAGCAAUUUGAACAUACAGCAUGCUGUUGUUUAUAUAAUAGAGAAGAGAUUAAAUGUUGCAAUAAAUAUCU